GACUCUUAAAGAGACACAUUGUUACUGGCAGUGGGAAAAGCAGAGAUCAGAGAGUUUAGGAGCAGUAAACUGGAAUAAGGGAAGGAAAGCCUUUAGGGCAGACAGCAGAGAAGCUAAGCUCAGCAGUCAUGUAGCAGGAAACAGAUCCUAAGUACAUACUGGGAGGAGGGAAGGGGGGAGCAUUUUUUUUUCCUUUUUGCCGUUUGAUAACUAGAAAGACUUUGGAGGCAGAAAGGGGGACAAGGAGAAGGUUUUUUGGGGUGAGGUACAGCAUGCAGCCCUGCAGCCCUCCCCAGCUGAGCAAUAUGGCUGCGGCUUGCAAGCUGGCUGGGCUGUGUACAGGCGGAGGGUGCAGCAGGGCAGGCUUGUGUUUAGCUCAGGCUGCAAGCUGGAGACUCCUGCUGGGCCUGUAACUCAGGAGGACUCCACGCAAAGCCACAGACUUUCGGUGGAAGAGGAGGGAACAGCAAGAGUUAGGAACAGUCUGCUUCCUCCUGUCCAGGAUGGAGCCUAAACACAAAGAGUUGCUGCAACAGUGCCACCAGAACCUGGUGGAAUCCAUCAGUGAUGCAGACAGACUUCUCAACGUUCUAGAGGAGGCUGGGACCCUCACUCUUAGGGACAGGCAGGAACUGGACAGCAGCUGCUCCACCGGACAGGACAAAGUGGACCUCUUACUGAAGAUGCUUCUGGUCAAAGAGAGGGACCACUUCCAAGAUCUGAGGGUGGCCUUGGAGAAGACCGAACCCCACUUGUUGUCCAUCCUGUAUUUGAAUGGUUUAGGGACUGGAGACACUGCAGGCUCCACCUACAGUGUUCUUACCACCAUGCCGUCGGACUCUGAGAGCAGUGGCUCACUCAGCAGUGUAGGUACGACCAAUAAGCCCUCUUCUCCUCCACCUUCUGCUGCUGAUAGCCGUCACAUGAGUGAAAAGUUGGACACUAUAUUGUCGCAGUUGCGCCAGGUGACAAGAGAAAGGGAUGAGCUCCGCAAGAGGCUCGCACUGUCCUCCCCGGGAUCAACAUUUGAUGACUGCAGGCCGAGUCCCAAACUCACUCCAGAUUAUGAACGGCUGAAGAUCCAAUGUAUGAAAGCGAUGGCUGAGCUGGAGGCAUUGCAGAGUCAGCACUCCAAGGCCCUAAAGAAGUGUGAAGAGGCUGCAAAGGAAGCAGACUUCUAUCACACCCUGCACAGCCGUGUCCUUGGUGAUCAGACUCAACUGCAGGAGGAUAGCGAGGGUCUCCGCAGGAAACACUCCCAGCUUCAACGAGAGUUCACACAUUUGCAACAGUCCUGUCAAGACCUCAAGAGGAUGCAUGAAGCUGAUCAAAAGGAAAUCUCGGAACUACGCCGGCAACAGCAACUGGUUGUGAAUCAGAAUGGUUCCUCUGAAGUAAUCAACAAGUUGUAUGAUACGGCUUUGGACAAGCUGGAAGGUGUGAAGCAAGAUUACGAUUCUCUACGUAGACAGUACAAUGAGAAAGUAUCUAGUCAUAACUUGGACUUGGGCAGGCUGGAGCAGAGCGAGGAAGAAAAGCGGAGCCUGCAAAAACAACUAGAGGGGCUACUGAAACAGAGAGAGAACGCCAUGCAUCUUCAGCAUCAAUUCUCUUCUUCUAUGAGAAGGUAUGAUUCCAUUCAGCAGGAACUGAACAAGGCCACCUUGCAGAACAAAGAGUUGCAAAGGGAGAUGGAAAGGUUGCAGGCCGAAGCUACACGAUUUAAGACCAUGCAGCUGAAAGCUGCCAAGGAAGCUGAGAAGUACAAGGAAGAAAGAGACUCUGUGUUCAAUGAGUACCGUCUAAUAAUGAGCGAACGAGACCAGGUUAUCAAGGAAGUGGACAAGAUGCAAACAGAACUGGAGCUGGCGCAAGGGAGAUUAAAAAAUACUUCUAGUGAGAACAGAGUGGCGAGUGAGGAGAUGGAAGCUCUUAGACAGGAGCUUAACUCUGCCCUAGUAGAGCGUGACAGAGCGAUCUUUGAGAGGAACGAGCUAUUAGAGAAGUAUUGCCAUGAAGUGAAGGACAAGGCAGAGGCCCAAAAGGAAUUGGACCAGGCGUGUAAAGACAUAGAGACUGUGAAGGAAGAGCGCGAUGUGGCAAGGAAAGAGAGGACAGAAGCCAUUAUACAGAGGGACCAUCUUCUGAGAGAGUACUACCAAGCCAGACAGAUUCAAGAUUCUGCCACUCUUGACAUGGAGAGAGCCAACAAGGAGAUAGAGGUCCUAAGAAAGCAGUAUGAGGCAAUGAGUCAUGAACUCAAGGAGGCCACCCAGGAGGCUGAGGUUGCCAAAUGUCGGAGAGACUGGGCUUUCCAGGAGAGGGACAAGAUUGUAGCAGAAAGAGAAAGCAUUAGGACCCUAUGUGACAACUUACGACGAGAGCGGGAUCGAGCCGUCAGUGAACUGGCUGAGGCCUUGAGGAACCUGGACGACAUGCGCAAGCAGAAAAAUGAUGCUACGCGAGAGCUGAAGGAACUAAAGGAGAAGAUGGACAAUCGGAUUGAGAAAGAAGCACGGUUCCGGCAGCUCAUGGCCCACAGCUCACAUGACUCUGCCAUUGACACAGACUCUCUCGAGUGGGAGACAGAAGUUGUAGAGUUUGAGAGGGAAAGGGAGGAUAUGGAUCUUAAAGCUUUGGGCUUUGACGUGGCUGAUGGUGUAAACGAGGCCUUCUUUCCUGGGGACAGUGGUAUAUUUGUGACGAAGGUGGACAAAGGCAGCGUCGCUGAUGGUCGACUAAGAGUAAAUGACUGUCUGUUGAAGAUUAAUGACGUGGACCUCACUAACAAGGAUCGCAAGCAGUUGAUUAAAGCUGUGCUGAGUGGAGGAGACGUUAUCAAUAUGGUUAUUCGGAGAAGGAAAUCCUUGGGGAGUCGUGUUAUAACCCCUCUGCACAUCAAUCUGGGGAGCCAGAAAGGUCUGGAGUCUGACAGUGGGAUAUCUUUAGAGAGUGGAUUUAUAGUGGCCGCAGUGGUUCCUGGGAGCCCUGCUGCUAAGGAAGGAUCCCUUGUACCCGGUGACAGAGUAGUCGCUAUUAAUGGUAUAACUCUGGAUAACAAGUCUCUCACAGAGUGUGAAGCUCUGCUACGAAACUGCCGGGAAUCACUGAAUCUCUCGUUGUUGAAGGUGUUUCCACCCAAUACAUCAUGGAGCGGGCAAAACCUCUUUGAGAACCUUAAGGAGUCUUGUCGGGUACUCCCUGCCAAUAUCCAAGCUCAGAAUAAAAGGAACUUGAAGAACAAUAGUUCAACACAGACAGACAUCUUCCGUCCAGACAUUCUUGAUCAUAAGAAAGAGAUGGGAGAUGGAAGUGGAUCUGAAAGGGCUCUUCAACGUAGUUGCCAUAGCCAUUCUGAGCACAGUUUGGGUUCCCUGGGUGGUGAAGACUUCAUGGGCUAUGAAUUAUUGGAAGGACAUGGAAGCCCAUUAGGGUACGCUGACACUAUUGAGGAUGCAUUGAUUGAGGCAUCCACUGGCAAACGAAGCAGUGGUACAUGGCCCAAAGUCAUGGUCAGUCCAGGACAUCCCACAAGUGAAUUCACGGUCUUCAAGAGACCUAGACAGAGGAAGUCUAUCUUUGAUCCAGAUACUUUCAAAAGACCUCAAACCCCUCCAAAAAUGCCUUUUCUUCCUCCUGGUCCUGUUCUAGCUCUUUCUUCUCAAAAUACAAAGCCAGAGAGGCCACCAACUCCACCCACUCCACCUAAACGAAGUGACUCUAUUAAGUUUAAACAUAGGCACCAGUCAAGUUCUGCUUCAGACUCCACAGUUACAGCUGGGUCACCACCUACUAGUCCCUCACCUGUUCCUUUACUACCUGCCAAUCAGGAGGCCUCACACAAGUCUCACCACAAUAGGGGUGUUGGCAAAUGCUGCCGUGAGGAUGGGAAAGAUUGUGCCUUGCCUGGGUGUAGGGGACCUGGGGAAGUUGAAAGCUGUUUACAGAGGGCAGAAGAACCAGAAGUGAAGAGGCCCAGGCCUCUGUCUGCACCAGCACUAAGGCAUCGACUUGCACCUGUAGCUAUUCCUCAUGCAACAUUACAGCAGGCCCAAAAGUUUCCCCAGACUGCCGAGGACAGACUGUCUCCAGACCUUGCACAUGAGUGGGUUCGGUUUUCUCCUACGCGCUUCCCGAGACACAGUGACAUGUUCUCUGCUUCACUCUGUGCCCCAGGAAUGUCAGGUACUGUACCACGGAGCCUAGCUCCAUGUCCUGCAGUGACAGCGGUUUUGAGGAAUCCAAUCUACACAGCCUGGAGUCACCGGGUCCCUUCAAACAACUGCCCCUCAUCCACUGGUCAACCCUGCAAACAGCACAUACAUCCCAGUGCACAUCAUGGCCGGCUUAGCCUGGAUCUGAGUCACAAACACCCAAUUGAUUACUGCGAUAACUCACGACCUAGGGUCCCUCAUGGCUCCAACUCUCUCCCCUCUAGUGCUCGUCUGGGUUCCAAGAUUGAGCGCAUUAAAAUACCAUCAACCCCACGCUACCCAAGGUGUACAGUGAGCUCAGACAGAGGGUCCUUGUCACACUCUGAGUGCAGUAGUCCCAGUUUGGCCAGCCCACCUCACUCACCCCUCAACUUGGAGACUUCGUCAUUUGCCAGUAGCCAGUCACAGAAUUCUGUUGCAAGUUUACCCAAGAUCUCCAUCAGUACUGUCCCCAUGGGGGAACGGAGAAAGGACAGACCACUAGUGGAGGAGCCGCGGCACGUGAAGGUGCAGAAAGGAGCAGAGCCCCUCGGAAUUUCCAUUGGUGGAGGGGAGAGCGGGGGCAUCUUUGUUUCUAAGGUGACACCUGGAAGCAUCGCUCAACAAGCUGGGCUGGAGUAUGGAGAUCAGCUGCUAGAGUUCAAUGGCAUAAACCUGAGGAAUGCCACAGAGCAACAGGCACGCCUGAUAAUUGGACAGCAGUGCGAUACAAUCACCAUCCUGGCACAAUACAACCCACAUAUGUGUCAGCACAUCCAUUCUCGUUCCAGUUCCCGGCUUGACACAAGCAUGUCUCAUUCCACGUCGCACAGCAGUGGUGCAGCAACUCCUGAUAAUCAUUCCGUCAUUGAUACUGUGAGUGAGCAGGAUGAAGGGACCAUGACGCCACCUUCAAAGGAGACUACACCCAGCACAAGUCCCCGCAGUUCACUCAGGGCCCCUGAUGGGAUUAAAAGACACACAGAGCUUCGCACAGUUACCCUGCCAAAGUCUCCUGUGGAACUAGGAUUGCAGAUUUGUGGUGGGAACCUGCAUGGGAUAUUUGUUCUAGAAUUUGAGGAUGACAGUGUGGCCAGUGGACCUGAGGGUCUGAUGCCUGGAGACAUGAUUCUGGAGUAUGGCUGCGUGGAUAUGAGGAACAGAACAGCAGAAGAAGUAUACCUGGAAAUGCUGAAACCUGUUGAAAAUGUCAAACUAAAAGUGCAACAGAAAAUAGAAGAAUUCAACAAAAUUAAAGACCAGCCCGGAGAUGGAUUCUAUGUAAGAGCACUUUAUGAACGACAAGCAGAGCUCCCACAGGAGUUGAGUUUUAAGAAGGAUGACAUACUGUUCGUGGAUGAUACUCUGCCACAGGGGGUCUUUGGCACGUGGAACGGGUGGCAGCUGGAUGAGAAUGCACAGAAGUUGGAGAAAGGGCAGAUCCCCAGCAAAUACAUGAUGGAGCAGGAAUUCUCCAGGAGACUCAGCGUAUCGGAGGUACGGGAUGAAGGGGCGGCAGGAAAGACACUAUCUGCUGCGGCCAGACGUUCCUUUUUCCGCAGGAAACACAAACACAAGCGCAGUGGGUCUCGAGAUGGCAAAGAUCUGCAAGGCCUGGAUACAAUUAGCACCGAUUCUAUCCCUUUUAUGGAUGAUUCUGUGAGUUUGGCAUAUCAGAAGGUCCAGAGGGUUGACUGCACCUCCCCUCGUCCUGUGCUUAUCUUGGGACCCUUGGUUGAUGCUGUUAAGGAUAUGUUGGUAAAAGAGUCUCCUGGAAAAUUCUGCAGAUGUCCUCUUGAGGUAAUGAAAGCAUCACAACAGGCUAUAGAACGUGGGGUGAAGGAUUGUCUGUUCAUAGACUACAAGCGGCGUAGUGGGCAUUUUGAUGUCACCACUGUAGCUUCGAUAAAGGAGAUAACUGAAAAGGACUGCCACUGUCUCCUGGACAUAGCACCUCAUGCUAUUGAGCGACUGCACAGUGUCCAUAUCUAUCCCAUAGUACUGUUUAUCCGGUACAAAAGCACUAAGCAGAUAAAGGAACAAAAGGACCCAAUUUUUCUAAGGGACAAAGUGACGCAGAAACAUUCCAAAGAGCAGUUUGAAACCGCACAAAAGAUUGAGCAGGAAUACAGCAAAUAUUUCACAGCUGUGAUCCAGGGAGGUGCCCUGUUUAAUAUUUGCACGCAGAUUAUUGCAGCUGUUGAUCAAGAACAAAACAAAGCCCUAUGGAUUCCAGCAGGAGCUAUGUGAGAGCACCAAUUGCACGUCUCUUUGCCAAUGGACAGCUGCGGUUCCUAGCUAUAGAAAUCAUCAUUGCCUGAGAAAAUAGUCACCAAUAAGACAAUCUAUAUCUCACAGGAGAUGAAGUCGAUGGAUAAGCCACUGAAUACAUCAUCCAGUCAAUAGAAGCUCUGCAAAGUGUUCUAUUCCAUAGAAAACCAGUUGCCUGGAAAGUUGGUCAACAUGAAGGAGAAACAGAAGAGACUUCCUCUAAUUAAUAAUGGACCUAUGGAAGCUAUCACCUCGUGUACAUGAUUGCCUGAAGACGUUUGCUUGGAGUAAAGUAAAAACAAUUGAAGAUGAAGACCUAACACAUGAUUGACAUGAUGUGAUGGGUCCAGAGCACUACAGAAGAUUAUGGGUGGGCCAAUGAAAACCUGUUUUGGUUAGGAACUUUGAGAAGCGGGAGACAGUCUCCUAGAUUCAUCUAACCUAACAUUUAAUUAAAGGUACUAGUUGUAACGGGUUUAUAAUGCAAAGAACUGCUCCUCUCUGAUAUUUCACCCUUACUUCAACACCAACCGGUUCACACAACAUUAACCCCUUCACUGCUGGGGAUGGCCAGCAUUACGUCAAUUCCAUUUAUAGACUUGAAGGAGGGACCAUUGUUGCUGGCUAAAUAUUUUAAUCCUAAAAUGGUGGUCUUGCCCUAAAAUUCUCAUUGCACUUUUAAAGGAGCCCCCUUUAUUUUGUGGUUCAAACUCCUACAGUACUAAUGGAUACCCAUCUACCACGUUUUGGGUAGAAGGGGGAAUACAAAAUAAGGUAUUUUAUAGUCAACAAUUAAAAUAAGGCUUAAUUCAGCCUGUAUUCAAUUGCACAUUACAGGAGAGACUCCAUGCUUAAUUAUACACUAAUUCUAGAAAUGUUUGCACACCCAGGCAUGGAGAAAUAACUGUGUACACCCAGCUGUGAAAGGGUUAAGAUAUUCUGUCAUUUAUAUGAAAGCCUGACUUUUUUUUUUUUUUUAGCUUGUGUGUUUUAAUUAAAUACAAUAAUACUUCAUAGGAUGCAAGUUCUGCUUCUUCACAGGAGGCUAACAAUGAUAAUACAUUGCAAAGUAAAUGAUACACUAAAGAGGUAUCCUUUACUUUUAUUUUAGUUUUUUUCUGAAAAUGGACCAGUAAAUAGAUCUAGGGAUUUAUUCACUAAUCGGUGAGUAGUCUUCUUGCAAAACAUAGUUCAAAAUAGCAUGGCCCAAUUAAGCAAAAAAAAAGUUCAGAUCUUCUGAUUUUGACUUUUUUUUUUUUUUUUCCAUCUAUUUUAUUAUAUUCCAAAUUUUGCAAGAAAGAUGUUGAACAUCAGUGCAUAGUGAAUAUGCCCAUUACAAUAGGGUACAACAGAAUGAAUACAUUCAAUUCCCUGGACUUUAAUAUUUGUAGCCUCAUAUGUAGUGACCAGUGCCUGGAAGAAUGGUAAUCUUUAUUUUUAUAUAAUUAUUAUGUUUAAUUGAUACACUAAGUUAAUAGUCCCAAACCACUUAAUGCAAAUGGGGUGUCAGCAAUUUAUCAACCCACACAAUACAAUUUUUUUUCUCAUAACAAAACUAUGGAAUCUCUAAUAAAAGGGAAUCUGUAAUUGAAAAGGAAGUGUUUUGUUUUUUGUUUUUUUACAUACAUAUAUAUUUGUGUUGAGCAGCUUCUGUAUUCAUUUACUAGUUGUUGUUUUUUGCCUAAAUAGAAUUACUUUAAUUCACAAAUGAAGAGUAUCUGCUUCUCCUCAUUAAUGCAAUCAAACUUGGUUUACAGACACUAAGCUGCAUUCAGUUACCAAUUUUACGUAAUUUAAUUGAGUAGGUGAGGGGAAGAGUGACAUGAGUCCCAAGAUGUUUUUCCACCGGUCACAUUACUAUAUACACGAGUAACUGUUUUAUUGCACAACUCACAUGAUUCCUUAUUGCCAUUUCUGCUAUGUUCCAUGUCAGCCUUGUGCUCAUGGAAAAUCUGUCCACUUGCAUUGGCUGUAAAAGGAGUCCACAUUAACCUAAGCAUUGGGGAUAUUAAGUGGUCCAAUGAACACAGAAUAUGUGGUUUUAAUAAUAAAAACAAUUUUACAUUUCCAUAGUAAUUCUUUGCUUGGGUAUGUGGAUGAAUUAUGCUAUCCAAGCAUACAAGGCUGAAUGUAGACCAAACAGCAACCCAGGUGUGACCGAGACUCGCUGGUUAUCUGAGUAAACCACUACUGUCUAAAGCAGACUUCUCUUACUCUGCCCCCCCUCCCCCCAAACGUGCCUGAACUACAACUCCCAUGAUUUCCUGAGACGUACUGAUUGCAUUCAAACAUUUCUGGAAGUUUUAGGCUGCUAACAUCGGAUUUUGAGUAAUGGUGGCAAAGAAAACGUAUAUCCAGUUCAGGCUGACUAUCUGGGUGCCUAUGGACAUACAAAAUUUCAACAAACUAAAAACAAGCUACACUUUAUUUCAGAUGCACGUUUGCUUUUUUACAAGGAAAACUCAGUAAAACUCAUGGUAAGGAGGGAAUUCAUACAUGAUUAAACUUGCAAAUAAUAUAAUAUUCUAUAGAAGAAUUGGAAAUUAAAAACAGGACAAGGUAAUAUAUCAACCAGGGCCGUCUGUGAAGUUACAACAUGUUGACAAGUCAUUGAAUGACCUCUGUAUUCACUUGAAAGCACAGCCGGGCUUGUUCCUUGCUAUGGUUUACCAGACUCCAAAUGGUAGUGAAUUAAAAAGCAAUAGGGUAACUGUGUACACUUUUCCCAUUUUAUCCUCAUUUUUUUUAGAUUUUAAUUUACUACCACUCGGUAUUUACUGAAUAAAGCCUUUCUGUGUAUAAAUAAAUAAGCAGGGAAAAGAAUAAUAAUAAAGAGCAGAAGUUAAUUAUGUUUCUAUUAAAUAUAGAUUUUGUGCAGCAAUAAUCAGAAAUGAAUGCACUUCUAAAAAUUGUCAACACCUUUUUGUUACCUGCUGCUAUGAUAAAUUGUGAAUGGGUUAGACAGAGCCGGUCAUCUUGGUAAUGUAGGAUUGAGUGUACUAAAAUUGAUAUAGUUCAGAUAUAUACCCGAACGCCUACAGUCCAAAUCUAUCAAGCAUAAGGAGAGCAUAAUGCAAACUUUGUAUGUGUUCCUCAAAAAUGCUCUGCAUAGGGGCGCAUGCCACUAGAUUGAUGAGCUAAGUAGACCACUCAUUCAGGUUUGCUAACUAACGUAAGAACUAAAGUUGGGAAUUCAAAUUUAAAGCUGAUGUGGAAAAAUUAUCCAUAUAAACAAUACUUCCAGAUUGGUUACUUUGGUCUUAAAUUUGAAAUUCAUUGGCAAUUCUGACUUUAGUUAAUAACCCUGAUUGACAAUAGAUUUAACAUUGGCCAUAUUCUUCCUACCCUAAAGCUGCUCUGUGACUAUUUUUAAUAAAAUCACUUUUACACACUCUAGUACUAAAUAUUUGGGUCACACAACUUGGGAUUUGAUGAAUAUAGUCCCUUGCUUGCAUUUUAACAAGAAAGACUAGAGAUAGUGGAGGGCUUGUACACAGUAUGUCAAUCUGCACAUAGUCUAUCAGGUUAUAUGCAGUGUCUCAGAUCGGAAUCACUACACACUAGUAACUAUAACGUAUUCAGAAUGGUUUUCUUUAAAAAGGGAUUAUUUUGCACUACUCCCAACAAACUAUAUUUGGCCUGUCAUUUUACCCAACUGUGAUAUGGCUCAUCUCUUGUCUUAGUGCAAUGUACAUUGAAAAUUGUAGUCAAUUUGGAAAAUCAUUUACAUGGUGAAAAAGCAAUAAUAUAUGUUUGAUUCUUUUUAGACCCUACAGUGGGAUCGAAGUUCUCUAUUUACGGUACAAACCUGUGAGUGUUAAAGUAGCAGAAGUUGCCUUUUACUAAAAAUGUGCAAAAACAUAAAAAUUAAAUCCUAGAGUUGACAUAAUUAAUAAAGACCAAUUUUCAUAACAAA